UAUGAGGAGGCAGAGAGCAAGUGCAGCGAGGAAAGAAACCUAAACGUAAAGUUCUUUGCGGCAAAGGCCCAGUAGAUCAGGACACACCUCAGCAGCUCAUAUGAAAUAAUAAAACUCAAGGAAAUAACUUCAGCAGAUAUGAGCAACUGGCAUUAAGCAACUGACUACUGGGGUUGCUUCAAUUUGGUUGGGAAGUGAACUAAAGGGGAGAAAUUGAGGAACAAGGAGUGAGCUGUGAGGGAGGAAAAUGGUGGCACCUUCAGUGUGAGCUGUGAGCUAGGUGUGAUUUCUACAAACUGCAGUGUGUGAGUGUGAACUGGUCGACAGUUUAAUUGCAGGUUUCUGCUGAGCAGAACGUGUGGUUUCUUGAUUGACCUGAUUGCUGCUAGUGAUACUGUUAUGGACUCCACUACACUGCUGUCGUUGGUGGGCGGGGCUCUCCUCCUGUCAAUCAUCCUUGUAACCAGUCUUUGUACAUACUGUUGGGGACAUAAACAACCAACAUCCAUCCAUCAGAGGUCCAGUGACUCAGAAUACCCCCCAGCAUCAGGUUUUGUGGUUCGGCAUCCCGUGUCGACAUAUGCGCCCCAUAUGGACCAUACCAGAAUUAUACCUUACCAACAUUCCAAUUCUCUUGGUUCACCAUCUAUUACUGUCACAAAGGUGCGCUCCUGUCCUCCCUCAGAAACUGGAAGUCAAGCCAGUUAUGUGAAUCAAAACGAGAGUGGCGAUGAGCGGAGUAAUCAGCAAACAAGUGAAUAUAUAACUGUUAUUCCCGAUUCCCCGAUCACGCCGUCUCUGGGACCCAGCAGAGCUUCAUCCCUGAGCUCAGGAGAAUGCUACAUUAAUGUAGAUAAUAAAGAUGUCAGUGCACGGGAAGAAGAUACAAGCAACCAUGAGAUAUAUUUGGAAGAAUCAGAUUCAGACAUCCCUGAUUAUGAAAAUUUCAAUAAUUCUCCAGGCCAGAGAAAAAAAAGUCUGUCCCGUGGAAGUCAUAGCAGUGAUGACCGAGACAGCUCUGAUUAUGUCAACACAGGCCCUAAUUUACAAUAAUCAAGAAUUUGCCUUUUACCAAAUAAAGACAGUUAAUGAGGUCAGAGGCCUAACCAUCAUCCUGACUGCCGGAGGAGUUUCCGGAGUUAACUAGGCUUUGAAUUUUGAAGUGCAUCACCAAGAAAGCAUUGAACCAGUGUCCCCUCGGAAAACUUCCUCCCUCAAUCCUUUCGACAGAUUUGCUGACGAUACCUGAGAAUGUUUUUAUUUUUUACAUGAACAGUUGCUGUUUACAAUGUACUGCAUCCUGGCUUUUACUUCUAAAUAUGAGCACAAAUUUCUUCAACUCCGGCAUGUAAUAUAUAGCUUUUUGUCAUAAAAAUUCAUAAACCUUUUAGCUAUUGGUUUGUAAAUGGGGAAAUAAAAGUUUUACUAAUUCAAA